AUGGCUUUCGAACGGCUCGUAAGAUACGAACACAAGGCAGAAGUCACGUUUGGCAAUCUGAUUGAGACCCUCGACGACGGCUUUAAAGUUUCCAAACUGAAUGGCGACCUCACACAAGGCUUCAGCGCCUCUGGCGAGGAGGCCAUUACCCUUCUUUGCCCGCUUGAGCGUACUCCCAUAGUCCAGUGUGUGGGCGUCAACUACCGCAAACACGCCGAGGAAGCCAAGAUGAAAGUCCCCACAUACCCCGUCAUCUUCACCAAACCUGCCGAUGCCCUUACGGGGCCGAUGGAUGACAUCCCCAUCCACCCGGACUGCCAGGACAAGAUGGACUACGAAGGCGAACUGACGGUCGUCAUUGGUCGCGACGCCAAAAACGUGACCGAAGCCCACGCCCUAGACUACGUUCUGGGAUAUUGUAUCGGCAAUGAUGUUUCGUGCCGGACCUUCCAGAUGCCCGACGCCUCGGGUGGGCAGUUCUGCUACUGCAAGUCCUUCGACAAGUUCGCGCCGAUCGGCCCGGCCAUCUGGUCGACAAGCCUUAUCUCCGAUCCGCAGAAGCUGAAAUAUGUCACCCGCGUCAACGGGGAGGUCCGGCAGGAGACGGGUACGGACGAUAUGAUUUGGUCGGUGAGGCAGAUCAUCGCGCAUUUGUCAAGGGGCAUGACGCUGAGAAAGGGCACCGUCAUCAUGACGGGGACGCCGGCGGGGAUUGGGGCCUUCCAGAAGAAGUUCCUCAAGGAUGGCGAUGUUGUUGAGGUGGAACUGCUCGGUUUCGGCAAGGUGGUCAAUAAGAUGUCCUUCUUGUAG